AUGGCAAGGGGCGUCCUUGGUGCCCUGGCGCUGCUGCUGGCCCUGCGCUGGAGCCCCGGGCAGGCAGGGGAGUACUGCCACGGCUGGGCGGGGCGGCGCUACUGCUGCUCGUCCAGAGAGGCCCGCCUGGACCAGGGACGGUGCCCUGGGGACCACCAGCAGCCCAGCCCCAGGCCUCCAGUGCCAGUGCCCGUGUACCUGCCGUUCCUCCUCGUUGGGGCUGUAUUCGUGGCAUUUGUCGUUGGCGGUGCCUGCGUUGGAAUUUGCUGCUGCAAAUGCUUAAAAUCCCAGGACGAGGGGCAGCAAAGCGGACUUGCACCUGGCCAGACUUGGCUACUAGAACCUGAUCUCCCUUCUCGCCUCUCCAGUUCCAGCUCCGCCACCAGAAGCUCACUGAGUAGCGCUCCUCAGACCAGCAACAUCUGCAUGACCCUGGCUCCAUCCCUUCCUAUCAUGGGGUUGGCUGAAGAUACUCGGUUCUUAAGUCCUUCACCUACCAGUGGGCAACUCUUGCACCCUUCACGCGCUCACCACAGAAUUCCGACUGAUCAUACCGCAAUCAUGGCUCCAGCAUCUUUCCUUAAAAGAACAAUUUAUGGACACAGCGCUAACGCCUCCCCUCUUGGGGUAACACAAGGUGACCAAAUGAUGUGCUCAGGAGUCCACGUCUGA